AGCGCGUGCGCAAGCAACGCGUGUAGGGCUUCUCUUUGCUUGUUUUCGGGGCCUAAAAUUCAAAUCACAUAGCCAUAUCCCCAAACGCUGCCAACUGAGAAGAAGGGAGAGAAGUGUGAGUGAGUUUGAGAGUGGUAGCAUUAGCAUAUCCCCCAAAGCCAGCCAUCCAGACUCGCGCUUCCAUCUUACCCACGCACAACACAACGAUGGAUAGGUAUCAGAGGGUGGAGAAGCCGAAAGCAGAGAGUCCUAUAAAUGAGAACGAGAUACGAAUUACUACUCAAGGAAGGAUGAGGAAUUAUAUCACCUACGCCACCACUCUCCUUCAGGAGAAAGGAUCUGACGAUAUUGUUCUUAAAGCAAUGGGACGUGCUAUAAAUAAGACUGUAAUGAUUGCUGAACUGAUCAAGAGAAGGAUUGUUGACCUGCAUCAAAACACUCUAAUCGGAUCAACUGAUAUAACUGACGUGUGGGAACCGCUAGAAGAAGGCCUUCUUCCUUUGGAGACUACUCGCCAUGUUUCAAUGAUCACAAUUACCUUGUCAAAGAAAGAACUGGAUACAUCCUCCACAGGAUACCAACCUCCUCUUCCAGUUGAUCAAGUAAAACCUUUAAAUGAAUAUGAAGAGGAAGGAGAAGGCUCACCAAGGAUGCGAGGAAGAGGGCGUGGUCGUGGAAGGGGCAGGGGUAGAGGAAUUUACAAUGGGGGUAUGGAAAAUGGUGAUGGCUGGGAUGGUGGACGUGGCUAUGGUGGCAGAGAGCGAGGCCGUGCAAGGGGUCGUGCUUUCCAGGGAAGAGGACGAGGCUAUGGUGCCCAGCCAGUUGGGUACUAUGACUAUGGUGAAUAUGAUGCACCACCUGCUCCACGUGGCCGUGGACGAGGAAGGGGAAGAGGCCGUGGGCUUGGUCGAUAUGCAGGCCGGGGAACAGCUGCUUGAUAUAGUGGGUGUUGGUUAUCAUGUAUGUUUAGUUAGAUGGUUGCCCUUCUGCUUAGUUAUUUGGUAUUAUUUGAAGCGUUCAUUGUCGCUGCCAUGUUCCUGCAGUUUUGUUUUUGUAGUUUUCACCUCUAUAAUUUUGCCAAGAUCGGUAGGUGGAGUUAGAUAUAUUUCCUUUGUUUCAAUAAUUAAAAAAAAAAAAAUCAAAUGUGUAAAUUUUUUAGUAGAAAUUACAGCAGGAAGUUAUUUUCGAAGUCUGCAUCGGUGGAAGUUUCAUUUUUGUUCUUGAAAUUUUGGGAAGGAAUGAUGGCGUCAUAGAUUAGUGUCA